GUCUCUGUCCGCCUCGGGACCUCUCCGCUGGCUGCUCCGCGUCCGAUGGCUCCGGGCCGCGGAACUUUAGGCCUGGCCCUGGUCCCCGGGCGCGGGUUCGCCCGGACGAGUUUGUGGCGGGGGUGUGCCGGGGCGUGAGUGGUCCGGGCAUGGGGCUGAGCCCGGUGUGGGGAGUGGGUGUGUGCAGAGCCGGCCUGAGCCCCACCUCAGCCGGGCGCGGGGAGGGGCCUCCGUGCGUGUGACCGUGCAGCUGUGAGCGCGCGUGGCCGCCCCGCGAGGCUCCGCUGCAGGCCUCUGAGCCCCAGGAGCAGGACUCGCUCCUUUGGGCCUGUCCCGGGUCCGGGAGGCUGCAGCUGCCCACUCCUCCUGGGGAGGCUGCCGUGGGGGCCAUGGAGACCCCUGCCCCGGAGCCAGAGAAGACAGCUCUUUCCUCUCAGGAUCCUGCUCUUUCCCUGAAAGAGAAUCCCGAGGAUAUAUCGGGUUGGGGUCUUCCGGAAGCCAGGUCCAAGGAAUCAGUGAGUUUCAAGGAUGUGGCUGUGGACUUCACCCAGGAGGAGUGGGGUCAGCUAGACUCCCCUCAGAGGGCACUGUACCGGGAUGUGAUGUUGGAGAACUACCAGAACCUUCUUGCCCUAGGAGCAGGGCCUCCACUGCACAAGCCAGACGUGAUCUCCCAUCUGGAACGAGGCGAGGAGCCAUGGUGCGUGCAGAGGGACAUCCCUGGAGGGCCCUGUCCAGAAUGGGAGAUGAAGGAGGUGCCCUCUCAACAGCAGGGCAUGUGCAAAGAAGAACUGGCCCAGGAGCCCACCUUGGAGUGGCCCCUGGGCGGGGCGCAGGCAUGGGGGCGCCAGGCCUGUGCUUUGCAGAGGAGUCAGGCUGCGCCCUGGGCGCCCGCGCCUGCCAGCGUCUGGGAUGUCCCUAUAGAGGAAUUCCCACUCAGAUGUGUCCUCUUCGCCCAGCAGCGCGUUCCCGAGGGGGAACGCUCUCUGGACACACACAAGGACGUCCAGGCCACUGAGCGCGGAACCAAGGCCCCCGCGAGACUGUGUGCUGGGGAAAAUGCCUCCAGGCCAAGUGAGCCCGAAAAGCUCCCCGCAGCGCGCCGGCAGCGCGGGGCAGGCGCCGGGGAGGGUGAGUUCCUGUGCGGCGAGUGCGGGAAGGCUUUCCGCCAGAGCUCCUCCCUCACGCUGCACCGGCGCUGGCACAGCCGGGAGAAGGCCUACAAGUGCGAAGACUGCGGCAAGGCCUUCACCUGGAGCACCAACCUCCUGGAGCACCGGCGCAUCCACACGGGCGAGAAGCCCUUCUUCUGCGGCGAGUGCGGGAAGGCCUUCAGCUGCCACUCGUCCCUCAACGUGCACCAGCGCAUCCACACAGGCGAGCGGCCCUACAAGUGCAGCGCCUGCGAGAAGGCCUUCAGCUGCAGCUCGCUGCUCAGCAUGCACCUGCGGGUGCACACCGGCGAGAAGCCCUACCGCUGCGGCGAGUGCGGCAAGGCCUUCAACCAGCGCACGCACCUCACGCGCCACCACCGCAUCCACACGGGCGAGAAGCCCUACCAGUGCGGCUCCUGCGGCAAGGCCUUCACCUGCCACUCGUCCCUCACCGUGCACGAGAAGAUCCACAGCGGGGACAAGCCGUUCAAGUGCAGCGACUGCGAGAAGGCCUUCAACAGCCGCUCGCGCCUCACCCUCCACCAGAGGACGCACACGGGCGAGAAGCCCUUCAAGUGCGCCGACUGCGGGAAGGCCUUCAGCUGCCACGCGUACCUGCUGGUGCACCGGCGCAUCCACAGCGGCGAGAAGCCCUUCAAGUGCAGCGAGUGCGGCAAAGCCUUCAGCUCCCACGCCUACCUCAUCGUGCACCGGCGCAUCCACACGGGCGAGAAGCCUUUCGAUUGCAGCCAGUGUUGGAAGGCCUUCAGCUGCCACUCGUCCCUCAUCGUGCACCAGCGCAUCCACACCGGCGAGAAGCCCUACAAGUGCGGCCAGUGCGGCAGAGCCUUCAGCCAGAACCACUGUCUCAUUAAACACCAGAAAGUCCACUCCGGGGAGAAGUCGUUUAAGUGUGAGGAAUGUGGGGAGAUGUUCAACUGGAGCUCGCACCUCACUGAGCACCAGAGGCUGCACAGCGAGGGGAAGCCCUUGGCCAUCCAGUUCAACAAACACUUGCUCAGCACAUACUACGUGCCUGGCAGCCUGCUGGGUGCAGGGGAUGCUGGGCUGAGGGACGUGGACCCCAUCAACGCCCUGGAUGUGGCAAAGCUGUUGUGUGUGGUUCCCCCCCGAGCUGGCAGGAGUUUCCCCCUGGGGAGCAAACCUCGAAACUAACAUGAUGUGUUCUGGUGUCAGUCACUACUUUCUAAGCUACCCAACUAGGAAAGCACCCCGAUCCUCCCGACCACCUUCCUCCAGGUGUGGGAGCCUUGCCUUAUCACCCCAAUCAGGUCUGCAUGCCAGGCACCUCAUUUAAAGUCAGUCACCUCCCCUGAUGGACCACACUCCAGGAGGAGCGUGGAGAGCCAUUUGAGCUAGUCCUGCCACCUGUUUUCCUGGACGGGCCUGGAAGUUGUUGACAAGGGGAAAGGUCUUUCUUGCCCCUGAAAGGAGGGGAUAUCGUUCAGUGCCAUGGCUCACACCUGUAAUCUCAACACUUUGGGAGGCAAGGGGAUCGCUUGAGCCCAAGAGUCCAACAUCAGCCUGGACAGCAUGGCGAGACCUGGUCUCUACAAAAAAUGCAAAAAUUAGCCAGAUGUGGUGGCAUGUCUCUGUGUCCCAGCUACUCAGGAGGCUGAAGCGGGAGGAUCACUUGAGCCUAGGAGGUCGAGGCUGCAGUGGGCCCAGAUUCACACCACCGCACUGCAGCCUGGGUGACAAAGCAAGACCCUGUGUGAAAUAAAAAGGAGGUAUGUCAACUGUUGUAUUCUCAGACGGGCUCCUGACAUGGCUUCAGUCAGGAGUUUCCUCCAUAAACUAUUAUUUUCAGAAAAAUAAUAAACAAGAAUUAUGAAUAGCAUUACUUCCCAGUGAACAUUAUUAUAUUGCUAGAGAGGAGGAUAAUCUUGGGUGGUGGGCAUUUGGAAAAAGCAAAUUUCCUGGACUUACCUCAUAUAAAUAGCUGUACUGCAGAGCUUGUGUGUUAGUGACAGUGCCGUCAGGGGCAUUCCCACAGCCAUCACAGCAUGGCCCAGCAUCAGUGUAGCCAGGUCCUAACAUGCCAACACCGCCUCUUGCCAUCUAGCCCCUGGUGAGAAAUUGGGAGCUCUCAGGCAGUGCCCAGGGCAUCCAGGGAAGAUGGGCACAACAUCAGGAUAGAUGUGUCUGGAAGCUCCCCUUCACUGGCCAGGGCUGGGCAGGGCCACCCUGGGCUGGUGACGCUACCCUGUAGGGCUUCUUACCAUGUAGCACCAGUCAUCAGCCGAGGUCACAGAAGAAGCCCCAGCACCCACUGGAGAAGAGGAGCUGGAGCCCAGAGAGAGGGGGCUCCAUGGUGGUCCCACAUGGAACUGUGGUGCACACCCUGGAAAAGGUGGCUCUCCCUGUCCUGACAGUCUUCAGAGGCAGGAAGACAGAGUUAAUCUUGAAUGACUUAUUUCUAAUUAGUCCUAAGCAAGAAUAAGCUGCCCUCUUGGUGAUAACACUUUACAGUUGUACAGAGUGCUAUCAUUUAUAAGAUGCUUUCAAUAUGCUUUUUUAAUUAUGCAGGCAAAAUAACCACACUUCAGAAAAUGUGGACUUACAAAAAAUAAAAUGCCAAUAAUUCUUAAUAAAGCUGCAUUUUGCACUUUGAUAACAUUA